ACGGUUCCGACCCGCCCGCCCGUCCAUCUCCAUCCGUCGGGUAGCGUAGAUGUUUCUUAAAAGAAGUUCGACAUAACGGCCACAGAGGCAGGCUCAGUCCAGUUUAUUCAUUCAACCAAACUGAAACCACCAUACAAACACAGCAAACGCCAUCACAAUGAACAACCUCCUGACCGGCCUCGCCAUGGGCGCCGCCCUGACCACAGCAGGCGUCUCCAGCCCGGACGUCAUCCUCUCUCAGUUCACCUUCCAGGACUUCACCAUGCUGCAGACCUUCCUGGCGGCCGCAGCAAGCAGCACACUACUAGUAACGACGACCCAAUCCCUGGGCCUCACCACACUCCCUCCGCGCCCACCUUCCUCCCUCGGCCUGCUCCCGACCCGGUACGACGGCAACAUCCUCGGCGGGGCCUUGCUCGGCGCGGGCAUGGCGGUGAGCGGCGCCUGUCCCGGGACAGUCCUCGCGCAGCUCGGGGCCGGCGGAGUGCGGUCGGGAAGGUGGGCGUUGGCCGGCGCCGUGCUCGGCGGGACCGCGUGGAGUUGGAUUUCCCGGAGGUGGAGGACGACGACGACGACGACGACGACUGGUGGUGGUGGUGGUGGUGGUGGCGAUGGUUGGGGCCAGCAGCAAGUUCAUCAGAGGGCCGGGGAGAACGGGAAGGCGAAAAAAGCACCGGCGGCGUAUGAAGCGCUGGGGAUCGGCCGUGCUGCGAUGCUGGUCGCGUUGGAAGCGGGAUUCGUGCUGGCGCUCGCUGCCACGGUGAAAUUUGCGGAUGCGCCUGCUGCCGAGGCAAGGGGCAUCCCGCCGUACGUGGCAGGGCUGGCGAUUGGAGGCGCGCAGCUUGUGUCGAUGGCGCUGAGGGGCUCGUUGCUGGGUGCGUCGGCGGCGUUUGAGGAGCUGGGCGGGUGGCUGUGGGAUGCCAGUGCGAGGAAGUACGCGGGCCUGCUCUUCUCGGUGGGCGUCGUCGGAGGCGCGUGGCUUGCCUCGUCGGCUGUGCCCGCGCUGAGGCCCGUUGCCGACAUGGCCGUCUCGCCGGCCCGGGCUGUGAUGGGCGGCUUCAUGAUCAUUUUCGGCUCCAGGAUGGCCGGGGGGUGCACAUCCGGUCAUGGCAUCAGCGGUCUGUCACUGAUGUCCACCUCGAGCUUCUUGACCGCGGCCGCCAUCUUUGCUGGGGGAGGCUUGACGGGGAUGUUGCUGGCCUAGUAUACG